CUGAAGAGUAUAUUUAAAAACUUUAUUUAGAUCUAGAUCUAUUUAAUACUAUUUAUCUUUAUCAUCUAGAUUCUAGUCUUGUAACAAGAAAGAUUGAAUACUGAAUAAGUAGGUCUAGGUCUAGAGAUCUACGGUUCAUUUAUAAGAAGCAGCAUGGGAGAGGCAACUGCUGAUUUAGAUUUACAGUCUGAUGAGUUUAAAGAAUUUUCAAAUUCUGAAGAUGUGAAGCCACUUCUAUCUACAGUAUUUUCAACUUCUUCUGACAUAAAAACAGAAUUAUCAUUUUUAACUUUCCGUGAUAUCAAACCAAACAUGACAUUUAUAAAUUCACAGGAUAAUAAAACCGUUGUUACGCCAGAUUUUUCAUCUUCUACAGACACAAAGUCAGAAUGUACAUUUUCCUCUUUUGCUGAUGUAAAACACCAUAUGACAUUUCUAACUUCUCAAGAUAAAACAACAGGAUUUUUAAUUUUUAAAGAUAUGGAACCUGCUGUAUCAGCAGUAUGUACAAGAUCUGAAGAUAUAAAACCAGAAUUAGCAAUUUUAUCAACUAGUGAAGAUAUAAAACCAGAAUUAGAAAAUAAAUCAACUAGUGAAGAUCUAAAACCAGAAUUAGCAAUUUUAUCAUUUAGUGAAGAUAUAAAACCAGAAUUAGAAACUUUAUCAACCAACAAAGAUAUAAAACCAGAUUUAUGGACAAAAUUUUUAGAUUCUGAGGACAAACAACAAAAUGGACUUGAAGAAAAGCUAAAACUCUCUGAAGACAAAACAUAUCUGUCUGUUGAUCCUCAUGAUCAUCAUGAACAGUUUUUUCAAAGAUCUAACUUGAAUAAACAAGCUCAAGUAGGGGAGAGGCCACUUGAAUGUGAUGCUUGCCAUAAAAGGUUUUCAGAUAGUUCUAGGUUAAGUAAACAUAAAAAAAUUCAUUCAGGAGAUAAGCCAUAUGAAUGUGAUGUUUGUCACAAAAGGUUUUCAAGGAAUUCUGAUUUAGCGGAACACAAAAAAGUUCAUUCAGGAGAAAAGCCUCAUGAAUGUGAUGUUUGUCAUAAAAAGUUCUCUAAUAGUUCUGCUCUAAGCAGCCACAAAAAAAUACAUUUACUAGUUAGACAGUAUGAAUGUGAUGUUUGUCACAAAAGGUUUUCAAGGAAUUCUUAUUUAGCGACACACAAAAAAGCUCAUUCAGGAGAUAAGCCUCAUGAAUGUGCUGUUUGUCAUAAAAAGUUUUCUCAGAGUUCUAGUUUAUAUGCACACAAAAGAGUUCAUUCAGGAGAUAAACCAUUUGAAUGUGAUGUUUGUCAAAAAAAGUUUUCUCGGAGUUCUAGUUUAUAUGCACACAAAAGAGUUCAUUCAGAAGAUAAACCAUUUGAAUGUGAUGUUUGUCAUAAAAAGUUUUUAUAUAGUUCUAAUUUAUAUGCACUCAAAAGACCACUAGUAACACAUGAAUGUGAUCUUUGUCACAAAAUGUUUUCUGGCAAUUCUGAUUUAAGGAAACACAAAAGAGUUUAUUCAGGAGAUAAACAAUUUGAAUGUGAUGUUUUACAGUUCUACUUUUUUGUAACAUGUUCAUUUAUAAGAAGCAGCAUGGGAGAGGCAACUGGUGAUUUAGAUUUACAGUCUGAUGAGUUUAAAGAAUUUUCAAAUUCUGAAGAUGAUGAUAAAACCGUUGUUACGCCAGAUUUUUCAUCUUCUACAGACACAAAGUCAGAAUGUACAACAUUUUCCUCUUUUGAUGAUGUAAAACACCAUAUGACAUUUCUACCAUCUCAAGAUAAAACAACAGGAUUUUUAAUUUUUAAAGAUAUGGAACCUGCUGUAUCAGCAGUAUAUUCUGAGGACAAACAACAAAAUGGACUUGAAGAAAAGCUAAAACUCUCUGAAGAUGAAACAUAUCUCUCUGUUGAUCCUCAUGAUCAUCAUGAACAGUUUUUUCAAAGAUCUAACUUGAGUAAAAAAGCUCAAGUAGGGGAGAGGCCACUUGAAUGUGAUGCUUGCCAUAAACGGUUUUCAGAUAGUUCUAGGUAUUUGGAAAUCAAAAGUAAAUACCAAACAGAGAAAGCUAAAUGUGACCAUGAAAGAGUAAACAGGUUCUUAGCCAAAUACCGUACAACUCCUCAUAUUACAACAGCUUUAUGUCCUAUAACUUCUCAUCCAUUAUGUCCGCAUCCAGACAAGCGUACUGUUCGCUCUGGAAUAGUUUCAGAUUGA